CCCGCCCCCCCCCCGGCGUGGCCCCGGCACUGCCCCGAGGCGGGCGGGCGGGCGCCGCGGCGGCCGGGGGUCACCAUGGGCAGCAAGAUGGCGGCUGCCACCAGGGUCGUUCAGGUAGUCAAGCCACAUACUCCCUUAAUAAAAUUCCCAGACAGAAAAAGUAUCCCGAAACCUAAAAUACAGGAAUCCUUACAAGCAAGUGUGCCAUCCCACCAUGCUUCAAAAGCACAGGAGUCUGUAGGAGGCAGAUCACCGGCCUUUCAAAGUAUUUCGCCUGUUAGUAGGGUACAAGGUGCACCAGACACUUCUGAAUUAGCAAGAACCUUACCUCAGAAAUACAGAAGGAAACUUAUGUCAGAGGAAGAGAUUGAAUAUAUUCAACGUGGAGGUCCCGAAUAAGUACGAAGAUCGUUUGUUCACCACUGUUGAAGAACGAAGUAUUGUCUUCACCAAAAAAGCAUUUCCUUAAUGUUAUAAAUGAUUAUAUACUAAUAGCUUUAAUAAAGACCCUGGAUGAAGGGUGAAAA